UAAUCAAUGAAAAUAAUUCUUCUUCAGUUUUAUUAUUUCUUAAAGUGAACCGGGGAUGACCGCGAGUUUCCGAAAGAACUUGAGCAAAAAGUACUUUCAAAGACCGGGCUGUUUAAAACUGUUUUGAGAAACGCCUCCCUCUACGCUAAGUACCAAGGACCGAUGAGCUUUGGUGUGUUGACAAUGAUUACGGACCCGAAGACAAUUGCCAAGUACAAAUCCCCUGCAGCGGUUAAAGACGAGAUGGAUGCAUGGAAUGGUUUUGAUUUUUUAGAUUUCAACACAGAACAGAUUGCCUCAAAUGAAAAAGGCACAAGGCAAAUGAAUAAAGGCAAGGCAAAAGUUGUGGAAGGCAGUCUGAAAGAUGAAGAAUUUGGUAAGCUCCUCAUGGAUCAGAGCUCAACAACCAAACCCAGAAAGAAACCAAGAAAUGGGAUUGUUAUCGAAGAUCUUAUCUCCUAGAUUGUUAUCUACUAAAUUGUACUGUUUGCAGAAUUAUGUCCGUUAAAUAACCUGCACCCUAUGUCUGAAUUAUGUGCUAUGCACAAGUUCAACACAUUGGGGACAGUGCGUAUCUUAUUUUAGUCUUCAAGUGUGUUCCACACUUUGUUUUAAACCUGUGUGUGUCACAGGCAUCUAAUUUUUUAAAAGGGAUUUUUUCAUUCGUUUGACCCUAGAGCUAAAAAUAUCUUUCCGAUCUCCUUCCUUUUAAGCGAAAAUAUACCUUUUGUGAUCUCUGUCUUCAACAAGCGUACAAAAUUCUCUCCAUGCUCUAUGAACUCUUUUCUUCUUCAGCAAACGGAAAUCGGAUCUAGAAAUUCAUGAGAAGUGCCUCGCCAAAGCUCUAAAUCAGGCGAAGAAUUGUAAUUCCUCAUCCCGCAGCAACAACCAUCGAGAAUACAAAAGCUCUUACAUUGGUAACUGACAAAUAUGGUAUCUUAGUAAAGAGGAAUAAGGAACUUCAGCAUCCAUUUUGUUAUGGCUAUGGUAAGGUUUUUGUUAAUUUGAAAUUCAUUAAUUUGCAGUCAUAUUGCUUGAAUAUCUUGAUAUUCAUGGUAUAUUAUGUUCCUGUUUGCACAUUCUCAUUUUACAUAAAAGUGCCAGUUAACUUUUUAAGAUAACUCAGAGGUUUGCAGUUCGACAAAGACGUUAAGGCAUUGGUCGGUUUUUUUCCUUUGGCAUGACACAAAGGUUUGUUAAGACAAAUGUGCCGGCUUACUCAGAUGACGACGAUAUUGAAAUUGAAGAAAAGGUCAAACAUUCUUUUUUUGGGUGAAAACUCAUGAUCCAUGACUUAAAAAUUAACCAAAGCUGAGGUAAGAAGAGUGUCUGCUAGGGCUGAUCGUUGACUUUAACUUUCCAGCAAUUGCAGCUCUUAGAUUUCAAUAAUAGAUCACUUUUUCCUAAAUGAGUACCCUUCAUUGCAUUAUUGAGUUCAUCCCCCCUCCCUCUCAUGUCUACCUCAUACACUCCAUUUUAUCUUUAGAGUGGACAUUUUUAUGUUUGAUUAGAAUAGAUGUGAGUUGUUGUUGUUGUUGAGUAGAAUAGAUGUGAGAUCAUAUCAAACACUGCCUUUUUCCAAUUAUUAUACUAUCAUUUUAUAAAACCCAUGUAUUGUGCCACCAUUUUUAUGCACUAUGAAUGAGGUAAAUUUGAAAGUUCAUUGUUUGUAUCUUAUAUAAGCCUCUUAGGCUUAAUGGGAACAUUUUUACCACAAACAAAUCAACUUUGGCCUUGGUUUCUUUUUCUUUUUAUGUCAUUAUCGUUCUCCAUCAUACGGCUAACGCUUGUGGGAGGUGCACAGAUGUCAUUACCACAUUAGCAUUCACGACUAAUGUUCUUGCUUUUCAACCCAACAAAGAUGUUGCAAGGAUUACAUUUUAUGUCGUUCAUUAUUAAUGCUCUAACACUUGCAUGAUGUGAUGCUUUUGGUGUAACUAUUUCAUAAAUUAUACUAGCCCGCAACUCUCCUUUUUGGUUAACCAUUUACCAAUUUUGCUAGAUAUGGUUCGCUUUAGUUGGUGUAUACUGAAGAAUCAUAAGGUGGCCGCAAAGGCAAGGUCUAAAGUUGUUGAAAGUAUUAUUGUUCCACCAAGAAUGAUAGACAUACAUUGUUGUCGAUGGAGAGGUAUUUAAGGUUUCGGAAAACAUUCUUUACAAUUAUGAGUGUGUGCCUUGAACAAGUUAUAUAAUCCAAGACAUUGCAUCUUUUUAUGCAACUCAUAAAUCAUGCUGUGUGAGAACUUGAAUAAGAAAUAGUUAGAUGCCUACUCCUUUGUAAUUUAGUAUGUUCCCAAGAUAAUAUGUGAUGG